AAACAUCACAUUCAUCCCUCGCAAAAGCGCAUGCAUCAACGCAACAUCGCCUUCGUGACAUUUAGUCCCGUCGGGUCGUGCUCGGCAAGAUGUGGCGCAGGAUCUAUCUCGCUCUGGUUCUUGUGAGGCUUUACUUCGCGCUAUCGCCGAGCUACAUCCAUCCCGAUGAGCACUUUCAAGGGCCCGAAGUCAUCGCUGGCGAGGUGUUCGGCUACCCAAUAUACAAGACAUGGGAGUUCACCUCCUCACACCCCAUACGGAGCAUCUUCCCUUUCUGGCUCAUCUAUGGCUGGCCCUUGACCGUGUUGAAAUGGCUAUGGGAAGGACUUGGCUAUGGACCGGUUCCUCCGUACAUUGCCUUCUAUUCUCUCCGCAUUCUCAUGUUCCUCCUCAGUUUUAUCCUCGGAGACUGGGCCAUUCAUGAGUUGAUUCACAACAUUCGCGAUCGACGCUGGGCGAUAACCCUAGUCGCUUCUUCGAAGGACAUCCUCUUCUGGUCGGCAGUUUCGGGAGUCAUCGUCCUAUCGUUCUUCCCGCAUCAAGAGGCACGAUUCUUGCUUCCCGCAGUGCCUCUCCUUCUUUCGAGUGUGAAGGUCCCGAAGCGUGGAAUGCGCUUUUGUCUCGGCGCAUGGGCGGUCUUCAAUGCGUUCGCCGCCGUUCUAUUCGGGAUCUAUCACCAGGGUGGUGCAGUUCCAGCCCAGACGUGGAUCGCCGGGCAGGAUAACAUCAGCCAGACAUUUUGGUGGAAGACAUACAGUCCGCCCAGGUGGUUAUUGGACGGCAAAAACGAAAAGGUCACCACGACCGACUUGAUGGGCAUGCCUGGUGAUCAGAUGAUCGACAUGCUUCAGAAGUCAGCCGUAUGCAAGGGAGAAGUCGAUCAGAUACUGCUUGUCGCCCCAUUGAGUGCUACUUUCUUGGAUGGAUAUGUUGACGAUCGGUCCAAUGGUGCAAAGCUGGAUUUUGAGAGGCUAUGGGAAGACAGUCGUCAUAUGUUCAUCCAUUUGGUGGGGUUUGGUGGGAUGUUCUCGAGGUGGACCGUGCUUUUUACCCUUGAGUCAAACGUCAAUCGUGAGCAAAAUGUUGGAGCUGUUUCUUGCUGGAUCCUCGCAUUGACCGAACACAUUGCACUGCUCAACAUGGCCGAAGCACAAAUCAAAGAAUGGCAGGAGCGUGCGGAGGCACUCAAGCCUUUGAACCUGAAGCAGAUUGAGGGACCACUCGGCGAACUCGACGCACACCUCACACUACGCAGCUACAUUAUUGGCUAUAGUCUCUCAGAUGCCGACACCACUGUAUGGAAGACUCUUCGAGCGAACCGUGUGGCUCACGCAUACAUCAAACAGAGUCUCAUGGUCAACCUCUCACGAUGGUUCUUCUUCAUUGAAGCCACCGCUCAGCCCAGCAUCGACUUGCCCACACGACCUGCGAAGGAAGCCGCUGAUGAGGGUGCAAGCUACGACAUCGGUCUGCAGGAUACUGAGAAGGGUGUUGUCACGAGGUUUCCUCCUGAGCCAUCUGGCUACCUCCACAUCGGACAUGCAAAGGCUGCUUUGCUCAACGACUACUUCGCCCACAAGAAGUACAAGGGCACCAUGAUUCUCCGAUUCGACGAUACCAACCCUUCCAAGGAGAAGCAGGAAUUUCAGGACUCCAUUCUCAAGGACUGCGAACUUCUCGGCGUCAAGCCAGACCGCAUCACCUACACCAGCGACUACUUCGAGGAUCUUCACAAGGUCGCCGUGCAGAUGAUCAAGGAUGGAAAUGCGUACGCAGACAACACACCGCAAGAGCAGCUGCAGAAGGAGCGUAUGGAGAAGAUUGAAAGCGUGCACCGCAACGACUCGAUCGAGGACAACCUGGCACACUUCGAGGAGAUGAAGACUGGUUCUGAAGAGGGCACAAAGUGGUUCAUUCGUGCGAAGUUGGACAUGAGCAGCAACAACGGCGCUAUGCGUGAUCCAGUCAUCUACCGAUGCAAUCCAGAGGCUCACCACCGCACUGGUACAACAUGGAAGAUCUACCCGACCUACGACUUCGCAUGCCCGGUUGUGGACUCGGUCGAGGGUAUUACCCACGCGCUGAGAACCACCGAGUACAACGAUCGUGAUCCUCAAUACCAGUGGUUCCUGAAGACGCUCAAUCUCCGCCACGUUUACAACUGGAACUUCUCCCGCAUGAACUUCAUCAAGACUUUCCUCUCCAAGCGCAAGCUGAACAAGGUCGUCGAUGACGGCAAGGUCUGGGGCUGGGACGAUCCUCGCAUGCCUACUGUGCGUGGUAUUCGUCGUCGCGGUAUGACCAUUCCAGCUUUGCAAGAGUUCAUCCUCAAGACAGGCCCGAGUAAGAACAUCAAUCUAAUGGACUGGUCUGCUUUCUGGGCGACAAACAAAAAGUACAUUGACCCGGUCGCUCCUCGAUACACUGCCGUAGUCGGCGAGAACAAAGUCACUUGCACUGUCACUGGCGCACCAGAGGCACCGCGCACCGAGGAGAAGGACUUGCACGCGAAGAAUACUGAAGUCGGCAAGAAGAAGGUCGUCUUCAGCAAGACCAUCAUCCUCGAUCAGGAAGAUGCUCGGUCAUUCGAGCAAGACGAGGAGAUCACUCUGAUGAACUGGGGCAAUGCCAUUGUGCGCAAGAAGACGCACUCGCUCAACCCUCUCAAUCUUGUCAAGUCGGACGGCGACAAGAUGGUCACCGAGCUCGAGCUCGAACUUCACCUGCAGGGCGAUGUCAAGACGACGAAGAAGAAGGUGACCUGGCUGUCGACUGAUCAAGAGCUCGUGCCCAUCACGCUGUACGAAUUCGACUACCUGAUCAGUAAGGACAAGUUGGAGGAGGACGAUGUGCUGGAGGAGAUUCUCAACAAGGUCACGGAAGUCAAGACAGAGGCGUUGGCGGACUGCAAUGUCGCGGCACUGCAGGAGGAUGCGAUUGUGCAGUUCGAUCGGAAGGGAUACUUCCGCAUUGAUAAGGCGUUCAAGCAUGGUGAGCCUGCGGUGGCUUUCCAGAUUCCGACGGGCAAGAAAAUGUAG